AUGUCUGUCGAGAGAAUAAAGAAUACGGUUGCUCCGGACAAGAUUAAGAACAACCUUACACACUUUGGAAACUCAAUUUCCACGUCCAUUGGUUCCAAUGUCUCGAACGUGAAGAAUACAUUCAAAAAAAAGACUUACGAUAGUGAUGAUGAACUCAUAUCUCAAUAUCAACAUGAUAUCAAAAGGUCCAUAAAAGCUAUGAAAUACAUCCUAAGUCAAAUCCACCGAAUGGCUAAUGCUGGUAUCCCAAAGCUUUUCAAGUCUCAUAUGAAGGGUGUGGAAUUAUUCAGUAAGUUGAUUGGGGCUGGGUCCUUGCAUUUUGAAGGUAUUCAAGAGUUCUACCACGAAUUUGAUAAGCUUCAAGCGGAAUCUGAAACUCCUAUGGUCCAUCCCAAGGAAAUGGAUUUCGAGGUACCAGCCAUUAAUGAGCAGAUCUACAACUAUAUGGUGUCUGUGGACAGAUUAACGUCUAAGACAUUGGAUGACUGGGAUCUAUUUUACCAGGAAAAUAAGCUCAGGGUGAUCGAAAUGAAUGAUUACUUGAAAGGUACACUUAAGCUUAUUUCCAAAAGAAAUAAAAAGCAGUACGAGUACGAGAAUACUCAUAAGAAACUCGAAAAACUAAUGAAGAAGACUAGUCAGUUGGACGAUAAGGAACAAAAACAAAUGGUUACUUUGGAGAAGAAGUUGAAUCAGGUCAAGUAUACUUUUGAAAAACUAGAUGAUAAGACUAAAACCAUCUUACCCCAUGUUCUUCUACUUUUGGAGGAGUUCAUUGACUCCAUUUCUAAGAUUAUAUUUUUCAAGCAAUACGAUACUUUGAAAAGCAUUUAUGACACUAUCAAAUAUUUUACUACUUACUAUGGGUAUUUCGAUGGAAAAGAUGACAACGAUUAUAAUACGAUUACGGAUGCCUGGGAAAAUGCUAUGACACCUGUAAGGUUACAACUAGAGACUUUUAUAACCAUUAUCCAAGAAAAGAACCCAGAGUUGAUAAACCAAGAGAUUGAUGACGAAGACAAAACCCUGAAAGCAACCAAGAUGUGGAAUAAGGUUACCAAUAAGAUGACAGAAAAGACCUUCAAUUUGAAGGUGGAUAAAGGCAACGGUAUAUUCAACGGACAUUUGAUCGCAGACCAGCUCAAUGCCUUUUUGGAAUACCACAAUCCUAAUUCUUUUCGGUCAGAAACGUACUUUCCCUCCAAAAUACCCAAAAUUCCAGAUUUGCCAAUCAUUGUUGAAGAAAAUAAUCCUCUUCCACCUCCUUUACCUCCUAGACAAAAUACAGCCAGACAACAGAUUUUUUCUGCUACGCCAAGGCUUGGUGUACUAACUUCGUUACCAUCCACACCUUCAAUUGCUUCACCAAAGAGCCCUCUUUCUGUUGCAGGAGGAUUUGAAGCAAAAUCAAGCAUGCAAUCAAUAUCGACGUCGCAGCUAGUGGAAGAUACUAAAAAGGGAAACCCCAAACUUGUGAAGGUUUAUAAUGCCUCCAAGAACAGCAUCGGGAUAGCUCCUAUUACAGCUCCUCUCAAUGCCAAUAUUAUUCCUCCCGGUGAUAACUUUAAAACUUCAAGUAUUACGCACAAACUUGAUGAAUUCACAGAGUUUUUUGAUAAAGUGCUUGUUUUGGAGCCGUCAUCAGAGAGAAGAAAAUUUGAAGCCAAACAUGACUUCGAGGGUGUCGAGCCAGGAGAUAUGUCAUUCCGAAAGGGCGACCAUAUUGAAAUUAUAUUUGAAUUCCAUGAUUUCAUGGAAGGUGAUAAUCAAGGUAUUUGGUUGGUUGGAAUGAAUGAACAAGAGCAUAGAGUGGGCCUAGUGCCUAGCAACUACUUUUAG